AUGUCUUUUUACACACUUUAUUUAAGAAUCGUCUCUGAAGUAUUGGAGGCAAUCACUUCCGAUACUCCGUCUAGUUUGCACGCUUUAUCUAUAAAAAUAGAUGAACGUAAAUUAGGUACUUUUAACUCCAUUAAUAAUAAAUAG